CCUAAAGCUUUUAUUAUUGUGCCCUGUCUCCUGCGGAGCCGCUAAACCCCAUGGUCCUGACGGAGUCCCCAGCAUCCACUACGGACUACGAGAAAUAGAAUUAUCGGAUAAUCCCUUCUAAAAGCGAUGGCGAAAAGCAAAGGAAAAGGACAGAAGCAAAAGAAUGUGUUUCACGUGGCCAACACCAGAAGCGUAAAAGCCAAAAACAAAGCCAAAGCAGUGACAUCUACUCUGAAGAAGAUCAAUGUUUCUUCCAAUGAUAAAGUCAGCAAAGUAAACAAGGCUUUUACAGACCUGCACAAAGAGGUCACACAGAAGAAAAAGGCGGCUGCUUCCCAACCACAGAGAAAAGAGAUUUCCAAGCCGUCAGACGUGCCCGCAGAUGUGGACAAUGCUGCAGAUCUGUUCUCCCAGCUAUAAUCACAUCACUUUCCUUGAUGUACCUCAUUCUGUAUAAAGUCACACCACUUAAUGUCUGUACACAUUUAUUAAAAAAACAAUACACAAUCAGCACAAUACAAAAAGGGAGCAGAGAAAAGUGAACAUGCUGAAAAUUAGAUACAGCCACACAAUAUACACAGCAUGUUAACCCAGUUACUACAAGGCACUUUAAUAUUGCCCAACAAGGAAUGUAACCUGGCAGUGACUUACAACAAAGGAACGAAAAAACUUUAAAAAAAAGAGCGAAAAAAAUUCUUGGCAGACUAAACAGACCAGUUUGUAAAAUAAAAUGUGUGCCAAUAA